AUGACGAACCUCACAGUAGUGUCACUGAUUAACGCGCGGUUCCCCUUCACGAGCUUGAGGCGCGUGAAGCAGCUCGCGAGGCUGAAAUGGAAAGCAGCGGCGGAGGAAAGAGAAGAGGGGGAGGAGGAGGAGGAGGAGGACACGGAGGAGACUUCCACUGAAGAAAAGAUGACGGUGAAGCGACGGAGGAAGUCGAAGUUCACGGCGGAGCAAAGGGAAGCGAUGAGAGAGUACGCGGUGAAGCUGGGAUGGACGUUGAAGGAUAAGAGAGCGAUUAGAGAAGAGAUAAGAGUUUUCUGCGAAGGGAUUGGUAGAUGUACUUAA